AUGGAGGAAGAUGAAGGGGGUGUACCCGCUGCUGGGUUUAUCCCGCGGAAACCACGGUACGACGGUGAAGACCUCUCCCCUACAACAUCUCGGGAACUCAGGGGUUUCUACACAUAUGGUGUUGCAGCCGAAGUUUUUGCUGUUUGUGGAGUUGGCUCAUUCCUCCCUGUGACCCUCGAGCAACUAGCUCGAGAACGAGGGGUUCUUUGGUCCGAUAAGACUACAUCCUGCGUAGCUGAGAAAACUGGCUCUACAGUAGCGCGGCUACUUGCAAGAGCUAGCGAGCAACAAAACAACCAAUGCGUAGUCCAUGUUUUAGGCGCUGAAAUCACAACCUCGAGUUUCGCUAUGUAUACAUUUUCCCUAGCCGUAUUCGUACAGGCUCUAGCUUUGGUAUCGUUUAGUUCAGUUGCGGAUCAUGGGAAUUAUCGAAAGAAGUUGCUUCUUGGGUUUGGGUUCACUGGAGCGAUAUCAUCGAUGCUUUUCCUCCUCAUCGUUCCCAGGAUAUUUUUUCUUGGAUCAGUCCUAGUUGUUAUAGGAGUCACUUGUCUUGGGUCUUCAUUCGUUAUUCUUAACUCGUUCCUCCCCUUACUCGUCGCCAACCAUCCGGAUGUUCAGCACGCCUCCAGUUAUGAUCCCGAGGAUGAUAUAUCAUCCGUGCCACUAGAACCCCUCUCACCAGAUCCCACCCCUAAUGGUUCAAUUGAGGAAACUCAACACCAUCACAUGAAUAUCCAGGCCCCCAAAUCGACAAAAUCGGACUCCUCGGAAUUAAAGAUUUCUACUAAAAUAUCAUCCAAAGGCGUCGGCAUCGGCUACUGCGCCGCGGUUUUCGUCCAAAUUCUCAGCAUCCUCCUCCUCUACCUCAUGUCAAAAACCAAGGCCUCAUCUACACUUCCCCUCCGGCUCGUUCUCUUCAUGGUCGGGCUCUGGUGGUUUAUAUUCAUAAUCCCAUCCUCGCUCUGGCUCCGGAACCGCCCAGGACCACCACUCCCUAGCAGCAAGCUCUCCAACCGCAAAAACAAAUUCCGCACCAUUCUAACCUCCAUUCUUUUCUCCUGGCGCUCUCUCCUCACCACCAUAAAAACCGCCCUUAAACUCCGCCAAGUCCUCCUCUUCCUUGUCGCCUGGUUCCUGCUCUCGGACGCCAUAGCCACGGUAUCAGGAACCGCCAUCCUCUUCGCGCGCACAGAACUGAAAAUGGACACUGUCCACAUAGCCCUCCUCUCCAUAACAUCCAUCUCCUCCGGCAUGGUCGGCGCAUUCACAUGGCCCUUCAUCUCCCGCCGAUUCUCAAUCCCCACAAACCAAACAAUUAUCCUCUGCAUCCUGCUAAUGGAAAUCAUACCCCUCUAUGGCCUCCUGGGCUUUUUCCCCUUCGUUCAGUCCUGGGGUGUUGGGGGCUUACAGAAAAGCUGGGAGAUAUACCCAUUGGGGUUUAUACACGGUUUUGUGAUGGGUGGACUGUCGAGUUAUUGUCGGAGUUUCUUUGGGGCGCUUAUUCCGCCAGGGAGGGAGGCGGCAUUUUAUGCUUUAUAUGCAGUUACGGAUAAGGGCAGUUCGGCGGUAGGACCGGCCGUUGUAGGUGUUAUUGUUGAUAGAACUGGGGGUAUUAGAUCGGCAUUUUGGUUUUUGGCGGUUUUGAUACUGUUGCCAGCACCGAUUAUUUGGUGUAUUAAUGCGGAGAAGGGGCGGGAGGAUGCGAUAAGGAUGGCGGAGCUGGCGGAUAGGGAUAGUGGUAUUGAGGAAUUUGGGGGGAGGGGGGAUGAGAGGGGGGAUGCGAGUGUAGUGGAGGCACAGGGAUUGAUGAGAGACCAUGAUCAUGAUUGA